GUGUCUCGGGAGAACUCCCACCGCCGGGCGCCGCCGCCAUUUUGGUGCUCGGCUCUGAGAGGGGAGGGAACCGACAGGAGAAAGCGGGAGCCCGGCGCCUCUGCCUCCCCCGCGACUGGCUCCGACGCUGAGGCACCGUAGCAGGCUGUCCUCGCCCUUUUGCCGGGUCGCUUGUCUUUGUCAACCGCCGCCGCUCUUCGCCAGCCGCAGGCCCGAGAGAGGCGGGAAGGAUGCCCUGCACACCCCGCCGCUGAGGGAGACUCGGGGGCCCUGACCGCCGCGUUUGGCCAGCCCCACCCCAGCCGCCCCUCGGUCCUCCGUCUCCAGAGGCACGGAGCUUCUUUCUCAGCAUCCCCCUUUCCCGGAGCUUCCUCCCCGCGGGGCCGGGCGCUCGCCGCUUUCUUCUCUCCCACAGCCCGUUCCGCCUCCCAGGCCUUCUCUUCCCCGGGUCUCUUCCUCCGCCUGGGCCUUCGGGCUCUUCACCUUCCUUCCCCCUCUCCCUUCCCCUUCCCCGCCCGGAGCCAUGUCCUCCGCCGCUCGUUUCGAUUCGUCGGACCGCUCCAGCUGGUACGUGGGCCCGGUGUCGCGGGCGGAGGCGCAGACGCGGCUGCAGGGGCAGCGGCACGGCAUGUUCCUGGUGCGGGACUCGUCCACCUGCCCGGGAGACUACGUGCUCUCGGUGUCCGAGAACUCCCGGGUUUCCCACUACAUCAUCAACUCCUUGCCCAACCGCCGCUUUAAGAUCGGCGAUCAGGAGUUCGAGCAUCUGCCCGCCCUGCUGGAGUUCUACAAGAUCCACUACCUGGACACCACCACCCUCAUCGAGCCUGCGCCCAGGUAUCCAAGUCCACCAAUGGGAUCUGGAUCUGCUCCUGCUUUGUCCACUGCAGAAGAAAAUGUGGAGUAUGUUCGGACUCUCUAUGACUUUCCUGGCAACGAUGCUGAGGAUCUUCCCUUUAAAAAGGGCGAGAUACUGGUAAUUAUAGAGAAGCCAGAAGAACAAUGGUGGAGCGCCAGAAACAAGGAUGGUCGGAUUGGGAUGAUUCCCGUUCCUUAUGUAGAAAAGCUAGUCAGAUCUUCCCAUGGGAAGCACGGAAACAGGAAUUCCAACAGUUAUGGUAUUCCGGAACCUGCCCAUGCUUAUGCUCAGCCUCAAACCGCAAGUCCCCUUCCCACAGUAUCCAGUACACCUGGAGCAGUGAUCAAUCCUCUACCAUCAACACAGAAUGGACCAGUCUAUGCCAAAGCUAUCCAAAAGAGAGUACCCUGUGCUUAUGACAAGACUGCACUGGCAUUAGAGGUUGGAGAUAUUGUGAAGGUUACAAGGAUGAAUAUAAACGGUCAGUGGGAAGGAGAAGUCAACGGUCGAAAAGGGCUCUUCCCAUUCACGCAUGUCAAAAUAUUUGACCCUCAAAACCCUGAUGAGAAUGAAUGAUUCCCUCUGCCCAAUUUACACUGCUGCUUCAUUUUCCUGGCUACCGUUAGCAUUGUUUGAGGUGGGAUGAUGACUUAAUGGCACAUUGCUAGCAUUGCCCGUUUUCCAGCUUGCUGCAGUUCGACGGUUCUUUUAAUAUACAUUUGGAAUACAUACAACUGAAGUCACUGCCUGACCUUCAUACCAUAAUUACAUCAUCCAGAAUUUAAUUUCACUUUUAAAACUCUGUUGGGCCUUAAGCUGGAGAAGACUGAACUGGUAUAUAGCAGAGAAGUAUGGGAAGAAAACCUUUCAUGUUGAGACUUCCAUGGACCUUUUCUGGCUUGCUCAGUAGGAAGAGCCCUAAUCUUAGAUCAAACAUGCAACUUGUGUGUUACUGUCCAACAAAAAGCAACAACAAAAAUGCAAUUUUAGGACUGAAGAAGACUUAGUUUUAAGAGAACCUGUCCUAAGGUAGUACAUUUAAAAUUAUGGUCUCUUUAAAGGACAAUAAUUGAAGCUUAUGUAUUCUAAGCAGUUGUAUUAGAAGCUGCUCUUUUCUGUUAACUCUUAAGCUUGUUGUUGACCUUCCUGAAACAGUGUGUGUUAAAUGCAAAUAACCAUUGAUUGAGCUGUAUUGACGCUGAGGCAUUUAUUUAUAAGGAAACUUAGGAGGGGUUGAAACUUGUAACCUGUUUUUGACAUACUUAAUGCAUUUCUGUUGAUUUUUGCAAGCACUAACUGUAGAAAGUUAGAUUUAAAGGGAAACACUUUGGCCUGGUCUACAUACAGCUCUUCUGCAGUGUUAAAAGUGUAGUUUUACUAGUAUAGACGUGCUUGUCACGGAGCUGUUACUUGGUAGACAGAUGGAUCAGAUUGCCAUGGUGUGGAGAGGUAGGAGUGGGACAGAAGAACUUAAUAAAUACUGAUAAAAUCCUCCUAUUUAAACAUAAACCUUUUAUACCCAUUUCUCUACAGGCUCCCUUAUCUCUCCAAAGUUUCCUAGCUAUGCCAGCCCCAGCUCAUUGAAAGCUUGUUUUCAAACACAGUACCAUUUUUCCAGGGUGUCUCCACAUUGCUGUACUUCUCCUCCAGAGCUGCGUUCAUCUUAUUUCUGCCCGCUCCUUGCUUGCAUCCCAAGUCCUCUGCAUGCUAUCUUUAUUUUACCCUUCUAACUGAGUCGGCUCUGCUUUAUAUAUGCCCCAGAUCCCCGCCCCCCUCCCAGCAUCCUCUAGAAAAUGGUUAAUUGGAAUCAGCUGCCUGGGUUCCCCAUGUGAGAAAUUAACACUCAGGCUGGAGGAGGCCACAAAGGUGUCUAUUAUCAGUAUAGCUUCUUUUCCUUUUUCUGUACAUAAGCUAUACUGCUGUAAUUGUACUUACAGUAGGGAACUAUAUGGCUGCAGGUAAAUAAGUACAAUUCAUGCCCCACAGGUUAGGUCCUUAGCCUGUGUACAGGAUAUGAGAACUUAGGUACAGUGAUAUCCUGUGCCACCUUCUUUAAAUGUGUUUUGUAGGUGAACUGGAAUGCUCUUUUAAAAAUAAGUGAACACCGAAUUCACAGAAUACGCGCCCGCAAAGACUACAACUACAAAACCUCCCUUUUCAGCCGGCCUGGUUAAAGAAAAAUGUCUGUUGUGGAAGCUGACAGGAAAACAGCAGCCCCCAUUUUUCAGCUUUGGAAGGCUGUCAGUUGUAGCAAAAUGAGAAACGCCAGACACCUGCAGGAUCUCACCAGUUCUUAUCAAUGUCAAAUUAUAUAAAAGUUGUUGUCUUAAGUCCCAGCAUGUUUUCUUGUUGAUUUGUGUCACUUGAUCCUAAUAAAAGCACGUUGUUUUUAGCUCAUGUGAAAGUGCUACGAGAUCCUUAAUUGGAAGGCACUGAUAAGAUGCAAAAAUGGUGUUUGCAACAAGACAUUCAAAAUGCCGGGUUUUUUUAUUAGCUGUUUUCUGUAGUAUUGAUCAAGUGGCUGACAGUCUAGAAGUUCUUGUAGAGCAUUUUACUACCAAAUUAACUGUGAAGUAGAGUAGCAUUGACUGAAGUGUUUGGUGCUGUAAUUCUUGACAAUAGGCACUGACAUUUUGUCUUGCAAGGAAAAGCUAUGCAGCUCUCUCAACUAAAGUAGGUCAUGCUUUUUCUGUGCCCCAACUAGAUACCCGUAAGUUUACUACAUAAUUGUACUACUGAAAGUCAUCUUUCGAAUACAGAAACUGCACUAAACUCAGUCUGCUGCAGAGAAAUCUUAUUUCAGACCUGACCUAGUUACAGGCAGCUCUUCAGAAGACUGAUUGUGGAAUUCUUCCUUUGCAUGGUAAAUAAGUACUGUGAGGUUCGACAUCUUGAACACGGCUUUUAACCUGGAUUUUUUUUCACUGAAAUAAAUGUCUUGACUCAUCCCCCCAUUGAAUCAGGUAUACACUCUGAACACAAGCAUUGUUUUAGGUCUAAUUAUGUUCUGAUACUGCAGGAAAGCAAAAUAUUUUACCUUCAAAACUAUGCAAAAUUUGUGUGCAGUGGCAUCUGAUGCAAAGACAGGAAUUCUUAAAUUUCUGUGCACCUGGUUUCAGGCCAUAGAUGAGCAGCGUUUCUCUGAGUCGCAGCUUUGCGGGUCAGGUAUGUUAAAUGGUUUAAGUGUAGCAUACUGCCCAGCCUGAGCUGAUCGUGACCUUGCUUCAAAGUGCGUCUUUGCUGUUUUACUACGAGACAAGUAUUUUCCUACAAAGACUGCAUUUGAUCAGUUGUGUUUCUCUCUGACGGACUCUGGAUCCUCAAUCGCCUGUUGCUUGCUUACAUGUGUGCUGUCUGUUGCUUUAUGAAGCCUCUUAAAUUUGAGUGUAAAUGUUCCUUGGGCGUGUAAGGUAAUACUUAAUAUGAAGCAUGAGAGCCUACAAGUGAUGGCUUCAAUCUAUGCACCAUUAAAGUUGUUCUUGCUUUUGAACUAGGAGCUGGUUUAAUUACCUGGUGCCACAGUAGUUAACUAUCCUGAAAGGCUGUUCGACUUCCUUCUGUUGUGUACACGUGUAUAUAGACAUCAAAGCCUCCGACCAGUCUGAAAGGUUAAAUGAAACCUGUUUUAAUCAGUGUCCAUCACUGGAUAAGCGCUAAUUUAAUUCAUGAUUGUUUACAAAUUGGGAAAGAAUAAACAAAAGGGAAUAUCCUGUUUGGGUUGAGGCUCUGAAGAGCCUGAGCAUUAUUUUUGUAAAGGGAAAAACAGCAUUCUUUGUGCCAUUUCAUGUGCCUGUGAAGUAACUUUUUAUAUUGUAUUAACAUCCGGGGAAUGAGUGGGCUGCCUUUGUUUUCUAGUCAAGUUUUCAAGCAUUUUCCUCAAAACCUGCAUUUGAAAGUGAGACCUGCCUAAAAGACUGCCUUUUGGGACCAGUGGAAGCAUUCUUGUAUAGUUGUCAUUUUCUGUUUACUUGUGUUAAAUGAAAGUGUGUUUUGGGACAAGGAUACAAUUAUUGCAGUGGGAAAGGUGGCCUUGUAUUUGAGACAGUCUUCACUGUGUAAACUUUAAAACACAAUAUGUAAUUUAAAGACCAUGAUCUUCAGGCAAUAAUAUUAAGUGUAAGCUUUUAAAAUUUAUUUUGGGGGAUUAUAGCUUGUUUUAUUUUUUGUGCUAUAAGAUUAACAGUAUUAAAUGAAUUAUAUUCUUAGAAUACAUGGAGUGUCUUUUCUUAAGAUUAGUGCCUUUUUAAUUUCUUACUCCACUUAUUUCAUAGAACUGGUCCCAACAUCAAGCCACUGUUUGUUAUUUUUUUUUUCCCAGUGCCCUGUUUGUACAGUCUAAAUAAAACUUGCCUCAACUUGCA